AUGAAUGAAUCGAUUGACCUAGCUUUGCGCGAACUUGAUCUUCCGACUGUUUCACCCAUAGACAAGGAGGCUUUAUUGAAGCCGUUUGCUAGCUCUGAAAUUCAACAAGCUCUAUUCACCAUGGCUAAUAAUAAGUCACCUGGUUUAGAUGGGUUCCCGGUAGAGUUUUUCAAAACUCAUUGGUCAACAAUGGGGGAUCUCAUCAUCCAAGCUGUUACAUCGUUCCUUUCUACUGGCCAUAUUCUUCAGGAAUGGAAUAGAUCACUACUGGUUCUUAUUCCGAAAAUCGCAGCUCCUGAGGAGGUAAAUCAUCUCCGACCCAUUAGCUUAUGUAAUGUUAUUUAUAAGUGUGCGGCGAAAUGUUUGGUUAAUCGCAUGCAACCGUUAUUGCCUCACCUCAUUGACGAUUACCAAAAUGCCUUUGUUCCUGGCCGGCAAAUGGGAGAUAGUAGUCUUAUUUCUCAUGAAAUACUCCAUAUUAUUAAUAAAAAACGGCAGGGUAAUCGACAUCUUGCGGCCCUUAAGCUUGAUAUGAACAAAGCUUACGAUAGGGUCAGUUGGCAAUUUAUUCUGAAAGUUCUCACUGCUUAUGGGUUCCCGGCUUUCUGGGUACGUCUUAUUCACCAGUGUAUCACUACUGUAUCGUAUCGUAUCAUGAUUAAUGGGGUUGCUUCUGAAACCUUUACCCCGCAGUGUGGGCUCCGUCAAGGGGAUCCUCUAUCACCAUACUUGUUUCUUUUUUGUAUGGAUGUGUUCUCCCGUAUGACUUCCCUGGGUGUGGCAAUAAGGAAGCUUCAGGGUAUCUCCACAAGAAGGGGUGGUCCUUCUAUCUCUCAUUUAUUCUUCGCAGAUGAUGCUAUGUUCUUCUUUAAGGCUUCCCCGACUGGUUGCGCCAAUCUCAAAGGGAUAAUUGACCGCUUCUGUAUGAUUUCGGGUCAAAUGGUUAAUCUUCAGAAAUCUUUUGUGAAAUUCAGCCCUAAUGUUCCGACCGAAACACAAUUGGAACUCAAAACUCUCCUCAGUAUGGAGUCGAAGGAGUCAAUUGGUACGUAUCUUGGGGUUUCGGUUGACAUUAACGGUCCGAAAGUCCAGCACUUCACUCCCUUACUGGACUCCAUUGCUUCGAAAAUCACGGGGUGGCAACAUCGUUCCCUUUCGCAGCCUGCUAAGUUAAUCAUUAUCAACUCAAUCUUGGUUGCAACAAUAAUGCAUCAUCUUAGUGUUUUUCCUCUUCCGGGUACUAUCGUGAAUAAAAUUGAUAGUAUGUUGAUUCGGUUCUUUUGGCUUAAUGCUCAAUCUCAAGGGAUUCACUGGAGGAAGAAAGAGAUUCUCCACUUACCCAGGGGAAGUGGAGGACUAGGUAUUCGAAGUAUUGGUCCCUUCAAUGAUGCGCUCCUUAUGAAACGGGUUUGGCGGUAUCACCAUAACCCGCAGUUGUUAGCCUCCAAAACUUUCAACAUUUGUCAAUCUACUACUCAGGCUUUUACGUUUCAGAAUAGCAGUAGCUUGUGGGGGUCCCGGGGGCUGAGGCGGGCAGCGGUGAGGUUGAACAGUACCUGUAUAUGGAAAAUUGGCAAUGGCCACCAAGUAAGUGUUCUAAAGGAUAGAUGGUUAAAGGAUCAAGUGCCGAUUUUCAAAGAUCAGGUUCCUCUCAGGCAAGCGGCCAAGAUUCGAGUCAAUGAGCUUAUCAUUGGACCCAUGGAGGGGUGGAAUUCGGUAAAAAUUCAUCAGCUUUUCCAACCGGCUUCUGCCCGGCGUAUACUGGGGCUAGAACUUCCAGGUAGAUAUCCACACCAGGACUACCUUUAUUGGCCGCUGACCACGAAUGGGAAUUACUCGACAAAAACCGGGUAUGCCUCUAUUCUUCACCAACAGCAAAAUGAUAUUUAUAACAUGACAAGUACCGAGCAGAGGCGGUUCUUCCGUAUCAUCUGGGGCUUGAACAUCAUGUCCAAAUGGAAACUUUUCCUUUGGAAACUCUGGCAUAAUAGUUUAGCAACGACUGCCAAUCUAUUUCGGCGGGGACUUAGAGACACUGAUCUGUGUCCCAUUUGCAUGUAUGAGUCUGAAACUUUACUCCACCUAUUCUGUUAUUGUCCCCUUGCCUCUACUGCCUGGGAACGACACUUUGGACAGGGUUUUACAGAUACGGACUUGCUCCCGUCUUUUAGGUGUUGGCUCACAUGCAAAGUUUUGGAUUUUCGCGAUCGGGAAGGUAGUGAGAGCCCCAGUUUGAUCAAUUUUAUAGGGACCCUUUGGGCCAUUUGGCUCACUCGUAACCAUCAAGUCUUUCGUCAGCGUCGAGCCACAAUGGAAGGGUUGCAGGUGCAGUUUUCAUUAGCUACUGAUCAGCACAGGGUUUGCUCUGAGCCAGGCUCCCUGGGUCGACCACUGGGGAGGCAACAGCAGGUUGGGCCUCCGGGGUUUUUGUUUGUGGAUUUGGGCCAAGAUUCUGAGGGAUAUCCUCAUACUAUCAUCCGUCUUGAUGGGUCUUGGGAUCAGCAUACUAGCCUUGGUGCGAGUGCUUGGGUUGCGAUGACCACAGUGGAUGGGGUUUCUCACCGCCAAGGCCGGCGGGGGUUUGCUCACUCAGCCCUACAGACUGAAGUCACAGCCUGUCAUUUAGCCUUAUCAUGGGCUAGUACCUGUGGAUUAACCCAUAUUCUGAUUAUGACUGAUUCAGCUCAGUUGGUUCAGCUCCUCCGUUCGGGCUCUGAUCGAGAUAUUUCGGUGUUACAUCUUCUCCGCGAGAUUGGGGUCAUGGGUGUUACUUUUCAAUGGUGCCGCAUUCUAAAGGCUAGUCGGCAAGCGGUAUCUCAGGCUCACGACCUUGCUCAAAUCAUUAGGACCUCUCAUCAUUCGAUUGCUUUCAUAUAA